UAGCGACCUCUAAGAAGAAGCAGCAGCAGCACAAUAAACAUGUGAAUUAAUUUAACGUGUUGACCAGAACAGACUGGCGGGACUUGUGUUAUUAAACCUUUCCACACACUUUAUUCCCGCCAGUUUAUCAGCGGACAGAGAUCCAACUGACUGAGCUGCAACCAGCUAACAGCUACCAGGAUGGACCUGUUCGACGACCUACCGGAGCCCACUCAGCCUCCCGUUGCAGCUCAACAAAAGUCCACCAGAAAAAAAGAAGAGGAAGAAAAAGACGAGGAGGAGGAGGAGAAGAGUCGAAAACGAAAACGAGAAGAUGCGGAGUCCCACGCCGAUGAAGAAAAAGAAGAAGAAGAGGAGGAGGAAAAGGAGGAGAUCAAGAAAGUUUGUAGAGAAGGUCUACCCGUGCUGAGAGGCUACGUGGCGGCGAGACGAGGCGAGCGAGAGGAAAUGCAGGAUGCUCAUGUGACGCUUCCAGACAUGAGCAGCUGCGUGUCGGCUCUGCCCUGCCAAGCGUCUUGCGUCUCGUACUUCGCGGUGUUCGACGGUCACGGCGGAGCGCGAGCGUCUCGAUUCGCUGCCGAGAAUUUGCAUCACAAUCUGGGCAAGAAGUUUCCCAGCGGUGAAACUGAGAAUCUGGACAAGCUGAUUAAAAAAUGUCUCCUGGACACUUUCAGACAGACAGAAGACUUCCUGAAGAAAGCUUCCAGCCAGAAACCAGUGUGGAAAGACGGCUCCACAGCGACCUGUCUGCUGGUGGUGGAUGACAUGGUGUAUGUUGCCAAUCUGGGAGACAGCAGGGCGGUGAUGUGUCGUAUGGAUGCAGCAGGAGGAGCAGCAGAUGGACAGAGGAAGGCUCUGACUCUGGCUCUCAGUAAAGAACACAACCCGACCAUCUACGAGGAGAGGAUGAGGAUCCAGAGAGCGGGAGGAACCGUCAGGGACGGCAGGGUGCUGGGAGUCCUCGAGGUGUCUCGAUCUAUCGGAGACGGUCAGUACAAACGCUGCGGAGUCAUUUCAACCCCCGACCUGAGGAGGUGUCAGCUCACAGCCAAUGACAGGUUCAUCAUUCUGGCCUGUGACGGGCUGUUCAAAGUGUUUUCUGCUGAUGAAGCGGUUAAAUUCGUCCUCAGCGUCCUGCAGGAGGGAAGUGUUGAGCAGAGGUCAGGACUGACGGAGGAGGAGGUUCGGUUUGAAGCAGCGUGUCAGCAGCUGGCCAGCGAGGCUGUGAGGAGAGGCUGUGCCGACAACGUCACUGUGAUCCUGGUUUCUAUUGGCUACUGAACACACACACACACACACACACACACACACACACACACACACACACACA